UUGGAUUUAGGAGGAGGGCAGGACAGGGAGGGAGCAACAGUGGAGGAGGAGGCUAUAGCCACACCAGCUGUCCGACACUCCUGGGCUUGGGUCUUGUGCAGGGAAGCUGGUGACCAUGGCAGUGUCGAGGGAUAGGGAGAAGAGGGAGAGGUCUGGGCUGUUGGACUCCGGGCCUGAAGGUUGGGAACAGGCAGUGUAAGCUUUGAUGGCCCUAGAGAAGGUGGGCAGCGGGUGUUUCUGGCCUAGAGUUGGUAAGAUGGAUGGCUGAGGCCCUGAGGAGACGUUCUGCUGACCUGUGGCCUAUGCAGGUGCCUGUCCUUCUGGGCUUCUGUUUGUCUUGUUGCCGAGCUCAAAGCUCCCAUUUCUUUGUCUGCACAGCGGCCAUGGGGUCAGACUUGACCUUAGCCAGUUACCCUCUGACCUUUCCCCUCAGCAACCCCUCUGCUCCCUCCCUGUCCUCUGGACCUGCUGUCCAGACACAAAGGUUAAUCACCAACCUCAGGGCCUUUGCCCUGUGGUCCCCUCCUGGCUUCUGUCCCGGAAUCUCAGAGGAUAUCCUUCCCAGCUUCCCUUUCUGUUUCAUAGCAACUCCUCAGAGAAGCCAUCCCCAAGACCCCUCUGGGUACCUUCCCCGACCCCCCUGCAGUACUACAUGGCUUUUGGGCCUUCCUUCACCCCCAGUGUCAGCCGCACAGGUGUGUGUCUCUGAGGCACAGCAGGGCAGGGGACAGCGUAGGACCACAGCCAUAUUUGAUUGAAUGGUCAUGCAAAAGGAAGCGCGUGUCCCGCGCUCAAGCACACACAAGGGUCUCAGGAGUUUGAGUUGAGGGCUGAGUCCUUCCCUGUGGACCGCAGACACUGCUACUGAUUGUCUGUCCUCGAUCUGCCUCAGUGGAGCUGCAGGACUGGCUCUGGCUGGGCGGGACCUGUCUCUGCCUGUCAUUGAUUGAGCGUGUUAUUUUGUGUUCUGAACCGUGGAUGAAGCACGGGAGAUGUAAAAGAGCUGGUCACAUGGGCCAACUCAUGGGCCACCCCCACCCCCACCCCCCAGCAUCAGCGAGACCAAUAUUUGUUGUAGGAACUGGAACAGCCAGGGCAGAUUUCCUGGGGGGAGGAAGGGUCUCUGCCAUCACCGGAAGGGCAGGGAUACAGGGCAAUGGGUGCCAUGUUUUCUACUUCCUGGUUUCCAUCAGUAUUGAGCUGGGACAUUACUCCCUGUGUCUUCCCUACCUCCUGUUCCCUGUGUAUGGGAGCUCCAUACACAUUUCUCCAGUCACCCCUGGAUCAGGGCUGGGCUCUGGUAGAACCUGAAGGUGUGCCUCGGGGUAUGGGAUGUGGGUUUCAGGAUUCCGUGGGUUCCCAGUCUGGGAUCUUUAGCUACUUGGUUUGUGGUGUUUCCAGAGCUGGGUACUAGCACCACACCCUCUGUUCCAGCUGUUUAGUAAGUCUGAUCGGCUGGGCGGGAAUGUUCUAGAUGCCUCGAUGCCUUGGCCCUGCCAGGCAGCCCUGUUUACAGCCUGAGACCCCAAGUUCCACCUUCAGAACCACUCUGUGUUUAUAGCGCCUUAUGAGUGCAGUGCAGGCCCCUGUGGAGGGGCACGGCCCCCUUUGCCCCUCCCUGGCAUCUACUCUCCACAUCAGGCUGACGAAGUACGGAUGGCAUGCCAGGGUGCAGAGGCCACCGAGGACACAGCCCACUGCCCGGUGAGAGGCCAUAUGCCCGUGGGUCUGCAGUGCUGGUCUCAGGCAGGCGAGGUUGUUGUAGACUUGCUCACUGUGGGUCAGGGGAGGUUUUGAGUGACCUGCUUCCCGUGUUCGGGCACUGGCCGGGUCCCUUUGGUAGGACACUGGCUCACAAACUCAUCCUUUGCUGGGUAGUGUGGUCCUGGGGGUGGUAGGGAGAUACUCAGGCACGAAGAGGGAAGAGGUCCCUGGUUCCCUUUCCUCUUGCCUUUGAGGGUGUGAGAUGUGGGCCAAGAGGUGUCUGUACAGCUGAGCUAUAGAACAGUCCCCACUCAGCCAUUCAGUCUCCUGCUCCAUGAACACCGGGCUGGCCGGAAGCACAAGGUAUCCAAGAUGGCACAGGCCACUAAACUGAAGAUCUGGAGUGAGGCUCAGAAGGACUGAGGUCUGGGUGCUGGCUCUCCCUACAGCAUCCCAGUGAUGGCUGGUACCCCCCACCCCACCCCAGAGUACCCACACCUUUCCCAUGGCACAGGCUCAGAGGAUCCAGUUAGUGGCUCCUACCUCAUCCAGUGAGGAGGGACAAGGCCACUCCUUGUGUUCUGCCCUCAGUCCUGGUGUUUGGGUUUAUAUAUCAUUGGGUCGGUUUUAGAAGAAUCAAAGUCAGCUCGGAGAAAGAUGACUGGGGUUUUGGUGAAUCAUGGUUUUCCGGUUCCUUCUGGAUUGGGCCACACCUGGGGAGGAGCAGUUGAGGUCGGAAAGGCGUGAAGGACCUGCUUGAGAGGACAUUGCCAAUGUGACAGGUUCCCGAGCCCUCCCACACCACCCUUGGGUGACCCAGGCUCUCUGGGGCUCUACCCUUCACAGACUGUAGCUCAUCUCAAGUUCCCUUCACAAGCUCACCAGGGAAGAUUAGACUCUGGAAGGUGCCGGUUGGCUCAUGAGGUGAUGCUAUCCACCCUGAAGCCAGCGGGAUUUGGGAGGCGGGUCAGGGCAGGGGCAGUGGGAGGGGAGCAGGAGGAAAGGAGAGAGAGGCAGCCAUCCUGGGGGCUCCUUCUGGGGAGAGGCGCCCCUAGUUGCCCUAUUUGAGUUUCCCUGGCUAUUUUGAAAUUAGUGGAGGGAGAGAGUCUGGAGCCUGGGGAAUGGACUUCAUGGACUUCAAAGAGCUCCCCUCUCCUCCCCCAUCCCUGCACAGGUAGAGACCGGAAUCCCCAGGGCCUCCGUCUGCCUCCUUUCUGGGUGUUUUUACUUCUUCUUGUUCCUAUUACAGCAUCAAAAGACGGGGUUGGGGGGUGCGCUGAGGAGGCUUGUCCACCAAACCCUUUGGAGGAGUCGGGCCUGUCAGGGGAACCAGGGGACCUGUUAUGGUCAAGGACUGGGGUCCAACCCCAGGGGGAGGCACGUGGGAGGUUUGGCAGCGGAAGUGCCUUCAGGGUUUCUGAUUCUGGCUCUGCUUGUGCUGGGCUUCCUUCCCUCCAUGCCCUGACUGUUCCCACACGUGGGCUGUGGGAGAAGCUGUCAGCGAACCCCUGGAAAGGGCUGUAGGCUGUGUGGGUCCACUGUCAUAAGCUGUCUCGUGUAAGCUUGUACCAGCUGGCCUUGGGCAGUUCACACUCUGUCAGGGUGCAAACCCCACCCCCGCCGUGUGACACCCACAGACACAGCUGUGAACCCAGAAGGCCUAAGCAAGGCCCACCACAGCAGUGGGGGUGACCUCAGGGCAGCCCACGUAUACACUGGCUCUUUGAGCCCUGUGUGGUUGAGCCACUUAGUGCUGUAACUGCUCCCUCUGUGGGACUGUGGGACAGGGCUGAACAUUCCACCCAAUCCCAGGGGUGUGUGUCAUGUUUCUCUCCUGCCCCCUUAGUUGUUUGAACCAUUCAGGAACCUCUUGGCGUGUAUGGCGUGUCCUAGAGUCCAUACGCAAGCCAUUUCAGUGAUGGCAACAGUUGUGCCGGAGAGGCCUAGACUGGAACCUCCCCCAACUUACGCAUCUGAACAAGAAACCCAGAGGAGAUGCGCUCACCUAGAAGGGCAGGGUUCAGCUCUGGGACCCUCAUGGUGACCCCAAUCUCUUCCCAACUGCCUACUGCCCAAUCCAGCAAUUCCCAGAGAGUGGAUACCAUAAAGCCAUUCUCUCCAGGGGCAAGUGAUGACAGGCCACUGAACAGAGGUAGCCUUAAGACCGCCCCUAGGACACUGGCUGUAGCUCCAGUGCCAGGUCCCUGGGUCUUGGAGAAGGUGGUUCUUCCAGGUUGGCCAUUCACUCUGUUUCUAGACCUGACACAUCUUGAUCUGCUGGGUGUCUCUGGGAGAGUUACGGGAUUCCUCGGGCUACUGUUUGCUGGUGGAACCAGGCUAAGUGGAAUUCAUUCGUCGUCCGUCCGCUAGAGCCUUGGUUGUUGAGGGGCUGUUGCAGAUGGAGCGUUUGAGGUCUGGCCUUACAGCUCAGUGGUGGAGAGCUUGCUUAGGCUGUGCUAGAACUUGGGUUCAACCCCCCAGCCCCUGCAACACUUAGUGUGAGGACCCUGGGGGCCAGAGAAACCAAGACCCAAGGCUGUCAUCGGUCUGGCCUCUUUCCCUCUCCUUGGGCUUCACUAGGACUGGCAAGUUGGGGAGAGAUGUUUUCUAGAACCUUGCUGGGCCUUGAUGGAGGCCCCCCAUUUCUAGGGGGAGGUUUUUGUUUUCAAUCCAGGCUCCAGCUCCGUUUCUAGGUGCACAGGAAACAGGCACAGAGCAGCCUUCCCUUGAGAAACCCAUGAAGAAGGGGCCAUGGGGUCACCUCUUAUCCCAGCCCUGACUCAGCUAUCAGCCAUUCUCCUGGUGGCCUCUGAAGCAGAGGGAGGCGGCUGCUGGCUUCAGUCGGGGAAGUUGGGUGGGGGGAGGCAGAAUCCCCAGGGGAAAUUAGCCCAGAUUAGCUGUGAGAAUGAGGAAGGGUUUUGUUUUCUUCUCUCCCAAUGCAGAUAAAUAUUUAAUCACAACAACAAUAAACAACUCUGAUAGAAGCAAAGUGCUGAGGCCCAGGCCACAACCUGAGCCCCACCGGGGCAGACAGAGAUGGAGGGGGGCCAGAGGAGGAGGAGGCCGAGGCAGGGAGACCCGAGGGACAGGAGGAAGGAGCCUGGCUUUGCCCUCUGCCUGGGCACUUUUGUGGCUGGGGUGAACAUGUGGAAGUGGGUUGCAACCUCUGGAUCCCAGAUUCCCACUUUUUCCCAGCCUUUGGAGUUACAGCUCAUGGCCUGGGUUCAGCCAGCAUCUCAGCCUUACUGGGCAGGCCUGGAUCCUGGGUUUCCCAAACAGCUGUUUCUGGUCAGAGCCACGAGCUAGGAAAUAUCUGUGGAAUAGAGGUCUCCCAGGGCCUGGGUUUUCUUUAAUUCUAUCAUGAGGUUCGACUGGCAGGGUUGGUAUUUUCCCAUAGCUUCUGAGGGUCGGGGGGCCUGUUCCUUCCCAGCUAUGUCUGCUGUCCCUAGGAGUAUUCUCUCCGAGGCCCGGCCUCUGGGGACAGUGGGCCCUGGCCAGCGAAGGUCUUCAAACGUGACCCAGUUUCUGCUUCGAGCUCUGCAUUUCCCCAGGAGCUGGGCCAUGCAGCGCUGAAAAUCAAGAAGAGAUUUAUGGCAGCUUCCGAGAUAACCUCUGAGUUCCCUCUCCCAGGCUCCUGAUGAGAAGUCACAAUAGUUAAUGUCUGCUUUGGGCUGGGUUGAUCGUCUCUCUCUCUCUCUCUCUCUCUCUCUCUCUCUCUCUCUCUCUCUCUCUCUCUUUCUCCUUCCUUCCCAGGUUGGUAGGAGUGACCGGAGCCAUUCUCUCCUCGUUGAUAAGAUUCCCUACCAGGAUAGGAGCCUAUCUCCCUUUCCACAGCAGGACACAGAAAUCUGGCCUUCAGUACUUUGGGAAAAGGAUCUGAGACCUCCCGGAGCUCUGACCACUGGCUGUCAUCUGUGGCUCUGGCCUGUGUGGGCCACUGAGCUCUACUCAAACAUUAAAGAGGAGGAGGGGAGAUCUGUGGAAUGGGCCACCCCGUUGGCCUGCUGCAUUACUGAACCUGCGCUGUCCACACGCGCCCAGAUCAUGGGACCCAGGGCCUGCUAGGGCUAGGAGCGGGGCCCAGUAUUCAUGGGUCUCUAGGCCUUUCCGAAAUGUCCGGGAAGGGAGGCUGGGCCUGGUGGUGGGCCCGGCUGCCCCUCUGCCUACUCCUCAGCCUUUAUGCCCCCUGGGUGCCUUCAUCCUUGGGAAAGCCCAAGGGUCACCCCCACAUGAACUCUAUCCGAAUUGACGGGGACAUCACACUGGGAGGCCUGUUUCCCGUCCACGGCCGUGGCUCUGAGGGUAAGGCCUGCGGGGAGCUGAAGAAGGAGAAAGGCAUCCACCGCCUGGAGGCCAUGCUGUUUGCCCUGGACCGCAUCAACAAUGACCCGGACCUACUGCCCAACAUCACGUUGGGCGCCCGCAUUCUGGACACCUGCUCGAGGGACACCCACGCCCUGGAGCAGUCACUGACCUUUGUGCAGGCGCUCAUCGAGAAGGACGGCACGGAGGUCCGCUGCGGCAGCGGGGGCCCGCCCAUCAUCACCAAGCCCGAACGAGUGGUGGGUGUCAUUGGAGCUUCGGGGAGCUCCGUCUCGAUCAUGGUGGCCAACAUCCUCCGCCUCUUCAAGAUCCCUCAGAUCAGCUAUGCCUCCACGGCCCCUGACUUGAGUGACAACAGCCGCUAUGACUUCUUCUCCCGGGUGGUGCCCUCAGACACAUACCAGGCCCAGGCCAUGGUGGAUAUUGUCCGAGCCCUCAAGUGGAACUAUGUGUCCACACUGGCCUCAGAGGGCAGCUACGGUGAGAGUGGUGUGGAGGCCUUUAUCCAGAAGUCCCGAGAGAACGGAGGUGUGUGCAUUGCCCAGUCGGUGAAGAUUCCACGGGAACCCAAGACGGGGGAGUUCGACAAGAUCAUCAAACGCCUACUGGAAACAUCCAAUGCCAGGGGUAUCAUCAUCUUUGCCAAUGAGGAUGACAUCAGGAGGGUGUUGGAGGCAGCUCGCAGGGCCAACCAGACCGGCCACUUCUUUUGGAUGGGUUCUGAUAGCUGGGGCUCCAAGAGUGCCCCUGUGCUGCGCCUUGAGGAGGUGGCCGAGGGCGCAGUCACCAUUCUCCCCAAGAGGAUGUCUGUUCGAGGGUUCGACCGAUACUUCUCCAGCCGCACGCUGGACAACAACAGGCGCAACAUCUGGUUUGCCGAGUUCUGGGAGGACAACUUCCAUUGCAAGUUGAGCCGCCACGCGCUCAAGAAGGGAAGCCACAUCAAGAAGUGCACCAACCGAGAGCGCAUCGGGCAGGACUCGGCCUAUGAGCAGGAGGGGAAGGUGCAGUUCGUGAUUGACGCUGUGUACGCCAUGGGCCACGCGCUGCACGCCAUGCACCGUGACCUGUGUCCUGGCCGCGUAGGACUCUGCCCUCGCAUGGACCCCGUGGAUGGCACCCAGCUGCUUAAGUACAUCAGGAACGUCAACUUCUCAGGCAUUGCGGGGAACCCUGUAACCUUCAAUGAGAACGGAGACGCACCGGGGCGCUACGACAUCUACCAGUACCAACUGCGCAAUGGCUCGGCCGAGUACAAGGUCAUCGGCUCGUGGACAGACCACCUGCACCUCAGAAUAGAGCGGAUGCAGUGGCCAGGGAGUGGCCAGCAGCUGCCGCGCUCCAUCUGCAGUCUGCCCUGCCAGCCCGGGGAGCGAAAGAAGACUGUGAAGGGCAUGGCUUGCUGCUGGCACUGCGAGCCCUGCACCGGGUACCAGUACCAAGUGGACCGCUACACCUGUAAGACCUGCCCCUACGACAUGCGGCCCACAGAGAACCGCACGAGCUGCCAGCCCAUCCCCAUCGUCAAGUUGGAGUGGGACUCGCCGUGGGCCGUGCUGCCCCUCUUCCUGGCCGUGGUGGGCAUCGCCGCCACGCUGUUCGUGGUGGUCACGUUUGUGCGCUACAACGAUACCCCCAUCGUCAAGGCCUCGGGCCGGGAGCUGAGCUACGUGCUGCUGGCGGGCAUCUUUCUGUGCUACGCCACUACCUUCCUCAUGAUCGCAGAGCCGGACCUGGGGACCUGUUCGCUCCGCCGCAUCUUCCUAGGGCUCGGCAUGAGCAUCAGCUACGCGGCCCUGCUGACCAAGACCAACCGCAUUUACCGCAUCUUUGAGCAGGGCAAACGGUCGGUCAGUGCCCCGCGUUUCAUCAGCCCGGCCUCGCAGCUGGCCAUCACCUUCAUCCUCAUCUCCCUGCAGCUGCUCGGCAUCUGCGUGUGGUUCGUGGUGGACCCCUCCCACUCGGUGGUGGACUUCCAGGACCAACGGACACUUGACCCCCGCUUUGCCAGGGGCGUGCUCAAGUGCGACAUCUCGGACCUGUCCCUCAUCUGCCUGCUGGGCUACAGCAUGCUGCUGAUGGUCACGUGUACUGUGUACGCCAUCAAGACCCGAGGCGUGCCCGAGACCUUCAACGAGGCCAAGCCCAUCGGCUUCACCAUGUACACCACCUGCAUUGUCUGGCUGGCCUUCAUCCCCAUCUUUUUUGGCACCUCACAGUCAGCCGACAAGCUGUACAUCCAGACAACCACACUGACGGUCUCCGUGAGUCUGAGCGCUUCAGUGUCCCUGGGGAUGCUCUACAUGCCCAAAGUCUACAUCAUCCUCUUCCAUAUUUUUCCAUUCUGCUCCUGGCCUUCCCCUGCCAUCUGCCCUGCCCCCUGCCCCUCCUCCCUGAGCUGCCCCAUCCCCGCCAUCAUUUUCUCUUCUGUUCCCCCUCGAUCUCAUUUCCUACCAGCCUUCCCCCUACUUGGCUUCAUCCACCAACUCUUUCACCACGUUGCAAAAGAGAAAAAAAAAGGGGGGGGGGAAUCACCCCCUACAAAAAAGCCCAAACAAAAACUAAUCUUGAGUGUGUUUCGAAGUGCUGCGUCCUCCUGGUGGCCUGUGUGUCCCUGUGGCCUGCAGCCUGCUCGCCCGCCCUACCCGUCUGCCGUGUGUCCUGCCCGCCCGCCUGCCCGCCUUGCCCUUCCUGCUAACGACACGGAGUUCAGUGCCUGGGUGUUUGGUGAUGGUCUCUGAUGUGUAGCAUGUCUGUUUUUAUACCGAGAACAUUUCUAAUAAAGAUAAACACAUGGUUUUGCA